CGCAAUCUUACCUUACAUUUCCGUUAUGAAUACACAUACUAAAUGCAAAUUGCAAAGAAGAGCUUUCCAAGUAUUAUAUCAAUUUUGAACAAUAAAAGUCAUAGAUUAGCAUUUCUCGCCAUUAAUGGCAUCAAUCAAAUGCACCAUUUACCGUCAAAAGCAAAGCUUUUUUCUACACUUCACAGCAAGAAACGAGAAGCAGAGCAAAACUGCUUUAUCACUUCUCCAAAUCUGCAAUUCCCUUCCAAAACUCCUUCAAAUCCAAACCCAUAUCUUCAAAUUAGGCUUACAAAAUAACCCACUUGUACUUACAAAAUUCACAUCCAUUUCUUCUGACCUUAAUGCCAUUACCUAUGCUUCAUCAUUCAUUUUUUCCCCAUAUGUUAAACCCCAUUUCUUUGAUACUUUUCUUUUUAAUACUAUCAUCAGAAGUUAUGCUGUAACUAGUGAUUUAAAGAAUGAAGCUUUGUGUUUGUAUAGUAAAAUGUUAAGUUAUGGUAUUUGGCCCAAUAAAUUUACAUACCCUUUUGUUCUUAAGGCUUGUGCUGGUAUUGGUGAGUUGAAAUUAGGUGAAACUGUUCAUGGUUCAGUGUUGAAACUUGGGUUUUAUGAUGAUUCUCAUGUUUUGAAUACUGUGGUUCAUAUGUAUUGUUGUUGUGAUGGUGGGAUUGAGUAUGCGCGGAAGGUGUUUGAUGAAAUGCCGCACUGGGAUUUGGUCGGGUGGAGUGCGAUGAUUGGCGGUUAUGUGAGAUGGGGUUUGUCUAGCGAGGCUGUAGAGUUGUUUAGGGAAAUGCAGGUUGUUGGGGUAGCACCUGAUGAAGUUACGAUGGUUUGUUUGUUGUCUGCGUGUAUAGAUUUGGGUGCGCUCGAGCUAGGGAAGUGGCUCGAGGCAUAUAUCGAGAGGGAGAAUGUUAGAAAGAGUGGUGUUCUUUGGAAUGCUUUGAUUGACAUGUUUGCAAAAUGUGGUGAUGUUGAUAAGGCUUUGAGUUUGUUUAGGAGCAUGCGUGAAAAGAAUAUUGUUUCUUGGACUUCGGUUAUUGAUGGUAUGGCAAUGCAUGGCCGGGGGAAUGAAGCUGUUUUGUUAUUUGAGGAGAUGAAGAAAGAUGGGAUUGUACCUGAUGAUGUUUCCUUUGUUGGUUUACUUACUGCUUGUAGCCAUUCGGCUUUAGUUGAGCAAGGUAAGCGAUACUUUUAUUCGAUGAGAAAGGAAUUUGGGAUUUUGCCUAAGAUAGAACAUUAUGGAUGCAUGGUUGAUCUGUUAUGCAGAGCUGGACUUGUGCAAGAAGCAUUGGAUUUUGUUAAGAGAAUGCCCAUUAAGCCAAAUCCAGUAAUUUGGAGAACACUUAUUACUGCUUGUCGUGCUCAUGGUGAGUUGAAGCUUGGUGAAAAAAUAACAAAAGAGCUGAUAAAACAUGAACCUAUGCAUGACUCGAAUUACGUACUACUUUCUAACAUUUAUGCGAAAAUGUUUUCUUGGGAGAAGAAGACCAUGAUUAGGGAAGUUAUGGCGAAGAAGGGAAUGAGAAAGGUUCCAGGGAGCACUAUGAUUGAGCUAUACAAUGAAAUCUAUGAAUUUGUCUCAGGAGAUAAAAGUCAUAGCGAGUACAAAAUUAUUUAUCAGAUGGUGGAUGAUAUUGGAAAGGAGAUUAGAAGAGCUGGAUAUGUUGCUUCAACAUCGGAAGUGUUGCUUGAUAUUGAUGAAGAAGAUAAAGAGGGAGCUGUAAAUAGGCAUAGUGAAAAGCUUGCUAUUGCAUUUGCCCUUAUGAAGACACCUCCUGGAACUCCUAUUCGAAUUGUGAAAAACUUACGAGUCUGUGAAGAUUGCCACUCUGCAACUAAAUUCAUCUCUAAGACUUACAAGCGAGAAAUAUUGGUCAGGGACAGGAACCGAUUUCACCGCUUCAUAGAUGGGGUUUGCUCAUGUAAAGACUUCUGGUAGCUUAAUGUGCAUGAUGUUGUAAGCAAUAUCAGUCAUGGCAAGCCAGGAGUUUCUUCGUCAUGCGCGUUGAUAGCUGAGCGGCUUAUCUGAUAUGCCUGAUCUUCUUACGUAAAUGAUGGAACCAGAAGUAUGAUGCUACAAAGGAAGAUGUAUUUUGGGACGGUCUAAAUCCAGAGAACGUGUGGGACAUUAUUUUGGUUGUUGUAGGCUAUGCUUCACCUCUGAGUUUCUGGUUCAUCAUGGUCAGUAUGUAGAGGCAUUGCUUGGAUAAAAUAUGUAGGAUGUUGUUAAUCAUGGCAUGGUUGGCUUCCUUAAACAUCGUCAUGAAGGCAGUUAUACCCAAUUGAUUGUCUUUGACUUGUCGGGUGACAUCAAAUCCAACAAAGGUGAUCGAUGCAUGAGCCUUGUACAAUUGACAAACAAAAUUAGUGCUCAAAAUAGUUGGAAUAUGCAUAAUAAAUUCAUCUUAAUUUAGAAAGAUGCUUUGAGAAGGGGAACCUCAGCGUAACAGUAAGAGUUGCUAUUCUAUGAUCAGGAUGUCACGGAUUCAAGCAAUGGACAUAACUUCUUGUAGAAAUAUAAGUUAAGGCUGCAUAGAAUAGAUCCAAUGUGAUGGGAACUUGGUGCAUCCGACUGCCCCCUCAAGAAAGAGACUUUAUGCUGUGAGAUGUUGUAUUUUAAAAUGCUUUUGAUUCGCAAAGCAUACUGCUUACUCGAUUAUUCGCUCUGCCAAAUCCAGGAAAAAUCCUUUUCUUUAAAACUUCUAGUAUCGUAGUCCUGGGACCAAACGGAGUGGAGAAACGAAAGUGACAAGAACAGUCUUCUUUGUAUAAUGUACAUUGAGCUGCUACAGCUAGGUCGUAUAUUAGAAAUGUUGUCUAAACCCCAAUUUGGAUCAUUCUAUGAUGCAUAAAGUUACAAGGUUCCAUUUUUCAAUUAUAAAAUUGUAUACGGUAAAAAUCGGAUAUAUGUUAAAUCGGUAAGAUCGGAGACCGAGGGAAGAAAGGCACGUGCACGAAGACUUUCUUUCUGAACCGGAGGAGUGCUUGAACCGAAGAAAAGGAAGGGCAUCAUUUUGGUCCGGAUUCUCCAUAGCCGAGUUGGUCGCGACCGUUGGUUCGUUUAUCGGGGCCGUUGGUCCGGGUGAUCCGGUACACAAUUGUCACGCGUCAAUACCGUUCUGCCACAUUGUACUGCCAAUCGUACGGGUGUCAGACCGUACGAUCAACCUUAUCCAUUUUAGGGUUUUUCUUUAUUCUUUAGGGUCUUAUGUUGUAUGAAGCCCAUGAGGCAAAACUAUAAAUAGGGGUCAUUAUCCUACUUUUGGUUGUUGGCUUCUCAGAUCUAGAACAUAUUGUAAUAGCAAAAUAUACAACAUUCUCCUACUUAUUAUCUAAUUUUGAUCCGGAUUU